AUCAUAUGGAUCAACGGUCUUCCGUAAUAUGAACUCAUAUGAAUGCAUCUUGCGGAAAACGACGUGUAAUAUGUAUGCAGUGGAUAUUAUUACAUCUGUAUCCAUGUAGAGUGGAUUAAUCGAUGAUGAAACAAAACGCAAAGAACAGACGUCAUGCGGGCCACGAUGCGAGGUUACAUAAACCGUUAACAGGAAGGAAAAAAAAUAAAUAAAUAUAAAAAUUAACAAGUCUAUAGGCGACGGGCGUGAUACGUCGGUAACGGUACAAAGCAUGCGCAAAAUAACUUGCUGAACCGAAGUAGAGGCGAAAAAAGUUACAUCGAGAAAGAAAGAAAGAGAAGAAAGAAAGAAAGAAACACGAAACAAACCCCGAGCUCUUUUCUGCGUGUAAAUUGAAUUUUAUGGCGGAGCAACGUAAGGCGGGCGAGUGCUCCUGCAGGCGGAAGAAAGGCACAGGAGUUGGUAACAAGUCGAAGCCGUCGAGCAAGAGAAAGCGGCAAACGCUCGUGCACAAUCCGGAGGAAGAGAUAUGGCACGAGCCGUAUAUGCACUGUCUCCGUAAGGAAUUUUCGCAAAAGUCGAUACCGUGCGACUCGAAGAUCGAACUGCCGUGGCGAGACAUCGCUUUGCCACCUGUCGCCAUGAAGAUCAGGCCUAACGUCGAGGUCAAGGAGGCGCCAGUCGAGGAGGCGGCUCGGCUGCAUCAGGAAAGCGGAGGCGAGGACGGCGAGGGCACCGAUUCAAAGGAAUCGACCGGGAAGAUGAAGCUCCCGUGGAACGACCUCCUGGUGAUGGACACGGUCGCCCCGCAGCCGCGACUCCGGCCCGACGGCGCACUUUGCGAUUCGACCCUGGAGAUACCCUGGGAGGAUCUCGCCCUCGAAAGGCCGGUUGAAAUACGCCCGAUACCGGAGGAGGAGCACUGCGAUCUAGACGACGUCGAAAUACCCUGGGAGGACAUACUGCUCCCCGCAAACAUCGUCAUCGAGACCAGGAAAAAGAAGCACCCCUCCUCCAGGGGCCCGCCGAAUUAUCCCUCCGUCAGGGGUGGUGUCUGUUGCGGCGAUAAUACCUGCUGCACAAAGACCAGGAGAAAGUGAC